GAAUGCAAUGUGACCGGGCAAACCGGGAACGACAUGAAACCUGAGCUCGUGUCGCGGAGGAAGGAAAUCGAGCUCGAACUUGGAAACGGUGCGUGCGUGCAAUGGCUGCCUCUGUUUUGCCGCACCUCGUGUCUGUCGCAGCCACUGGAGUCCAACCUUGUGGCCCACGAAGGUUUGCCGUGUUGGGAGCAGGUUUUGCUGGAGUGUCAGUAGCUUGGCAUCUACUGCAGCACACGAGCUCCUCAGCACCAGUAUGUGUAGAACUCUUCGAUGACGCAGGGGUCGGUGGGGGAGCAUCUGGAGCCUCGGGAGGCCUUUUGCAUCCGUAUAAUCCAAAAGGGAAGUUGUUAUGGAAGGGUGCCGAGGGCUGGACUGCUGCAUUGAAAUUAUUGUCCAUAGCAGAAGCGGCAUCUACCAAUGGCCUCACAGUCGAUGGGUUGAGUUCAGUCGCAGCACCUCUAGCCUGGAGAAGAGGAAUAUUGAGGCUGGCUAAGCAGCAAAAGCACGCAGUUACGUUCCAGAAGAACGUGAACAGCGUUGAAAAUGACAAGUCAAAAGUUGCAUGUUUGGGUGCUCCAGCAGCCAGGGAACUUGUUCCUGGGCUUGAACUACCACUCGAUGGGCUUGCUCUGUACAUACCUGAAGCUAUCAACAUCCAUCCUCAACGCUAUCUUGAGGCUCUGUGGAUGGCAUGUGAGUCAUUCGCGAAGAAAUCUUCAACAACUGGCUGUCCUGGUACACAAGCACUCUUUCGGAACAACAAUGUUGCCUCCCUCAGCGAUUUAAAAGGAUCUUACGAAGCAGUCAUUGUCUGCAUGGGUGCUCAAGCCAAACUACUUCCCGAGCUUGUGGACAAAUUGCCACUAACUACAUGCCGAGGUGUAGUUGCACAACUACAUGCGCCACCUGGUUCAAGAGAUGAGUAUGCUUCCCAGGCACCCAAUCUGCUGUUCGGGACAUGGCUCGCAGCGCAAGGAGGAAGAAAUCUGUUGUUGGGUGCAACCAAGGACUGGGGUUCCUUGAACGGUUCACCGAUUGUAGAUGAAGAAGAGGCCUCUUCCGCACUGGAGAAACUUUUGAUUGAAACUGCACCCUUUUUUCCUUCUAUUGUGAACUGGGAGGUCAAAGGCUGGCAGGCUGGUUUGCGAGCCAUGCCACCUCGUACUUCGUUAGGAUCCUUGCCUCUAGCAGGUUGUAUAGAUGAACUAGUUCAGAGCUCUCAUUCAAAAGUAUAUUUAGGGUCUUCAGUUCAGAGUAGUGUGAGUACUGCCUCAACCAAGUGGUGGAUGUUCGGAGGUCUUGGAUCUCGAGGCCUUAUUCACCAUGCCUGGUUGGGUGAGCUGGUGGCUAAAGCUGUUAUUGACUGUAAUGCAUCUGUGCUACCACAAAUAUUAAAACAGUGGUAAUUCUUCAUUUCACCC